AUGUGGUUGGCAACACUAGACAAGCUAAAAACUAGAACCAGACUACACAGAUUGGAGAUUACUAUUGACUGUGUUUGUCCAAUUUGUGGAGCUCAUCCAGAAACUGGGGAUCACCUUUACUUUGGGUGUAAAUACAGUGUUGACUGUGGUACUGCAGUAAUGAAAUGGAUUGGAUUUUCCCAUUGUAAAACUGGCUCUAAUGCUUUGUUUAGGUGGUUACAAAGAACUGCACCUAGUGCAUUCAGAAGGGGAGUGACUUACCCCUCUGUUGCGACUAUUGUGUAUCAUGUUUGGAAAUCCAUAAACUAUGGCAUCCGGCAAAUGCAAGUGCCUACCAUUCAGAAAACAGUUAAAGAUAUUCAGGGGGUGUUAGACAUAUAG